AGGUCAGACAACUCAAACCCGGUCGCCAUCCUACAUACGAAUGCUGAUUGAGAUGAUUUGUAAUCGUGGUACUUCGUCGAUAUCAACAUCUCUACUCGAAUGCAGGCUGGUGAAGAACAAGCGUAUUAGAAUGCAAUUCCCAAGAACGCGGUUACCAUGAAUACGCUUGGCUGGCAAACACGGCAAACUUGACCAGGUUGGAACCGCCGACGAUUCCGCACCUAAGAUCGUCGCCGCCCCCAUCUAGGUUCUACAGGGUGCGACGCUAAAGGACCGCACGCCGAGGGUCUGCAUCUUCCUGAAGAAAUUCCAUCUUCCAAUGAACAAAGUUGAAGGGUGCCUUCUGCACUAUCUCUGUCAGUAUCAGCUUUCCCCCAUCGAACGAAUUGACUCACCAGAUUACUUCACGAGUCCUAUUCCCCGAAGCUUACUCCGCACCGAAUCCUGCUAUUAGUCUCCAAUACGUAAAGCUGCCCCCGAACUCUCACAGUUGGACGUUGUUAACAAAUCGCUGUCAAUUCGCAUUCAAUGGUUUGGUGGAGAACAUCAUUCGAAGAGAAAGUCUUAGGACAACCUGUGACCGACCGCCCUAGGCGCCGCAAUCCAGGCUGAACAGCGACCGGGAUAUGGGCCGCUUUAUAACGGGCCUCCUGAGUUGUUUCUCAACCACCAUUGGCGAGAUCCUCAUCGCCGGAUACCAUCACCAUGACCUCAACGAUCGACCCCAGCACUAUUGGGAAACCUGCCCGUGCUCGCAGGCACGUCAGGUCGGUCACUGGCUAUUUCCCUGAGAUCGAUGAGAAGGGUCAAGAAAAAUGGCCCAGAGGUGAUGAGAAGGUUUGGAAGGCGGGGCUUCGCGGGGUCCAUCGAGGUACGUUUCAUUGACUGCUAUUCACUGAUUAUAUGCGUCGCAGGCUCUACCUUCGUGCUUUUAAUCAUGUACCAGCAAUCACAAAGUCUGUUGUGCAUCAUGUGCAGACUUCGCUAGCUCGUCAACCGUACAACAUAGAUGACUUUGGAGCCUACCAGGCUGCCGCUCUCUCCGUCCGAGAUAAUCUUAUUGUCAACUGGAACAAUACCCAGCUUCACCACAACCGCAAGGGAAACAAGCGAGCUUACUAUCUUUCACUCGAAUUCCUCAUGGGUCGUACUUUCGAUAACGCCCUCCUCAAUUUGGAUCUCAAACCUCAAUACGACGACGGCAUGUCGUUGCUCGGUUUCAAUCUCGAGGACUUAAUCGAUCAAGAACGAGAUGCCGGUCUUGGUAACGGCGGUCUUGGACGUUUGGCUGCUUGCUAUUUGGAUUCUAGCGCAUCGAUGGAGUUGCCAGUGUGGGGCUACGGACUAAGAUAUCAAUACGGUAUCUUCCAGCAGUUGAUCGGGCCCGAUGGAAGUCAAUUGGAAGCACCCGAUCCGUGGUUGCAGAAUGAUAACCCGUGGGAACUGCCUCGCGCAGAUGUCAAGUACGAGGUUCGCUUCUAUGGGCAUUCUGAGCGUAUUGAAGGGAUGAAGGCCCUAUGGAGCGGUGGCCAGGAGGUUGUUGCCGUAGCCUACGACGUCAUGAUUCCCGGGUAUGACACCAAGAACACAAACAACUUGCGACUCUGGGAGAGUAAGCCCAAGCGUGGUUUUGACUUGAACAGUUUCAACGCUGGUGACUAUGAACGUGCUGUUGAAGCUUCUAACAGCGCCGCUGCAAUCACUUCAGUGCUCUACCCGAACGAUCAUACCACUUUUGGAAAAGAGCUCCGAUUGAAGCAACAGUAUUUCUGGACUGCGGCGAGUUUGGCCGAUAUCAUGAGGCGUUUCAAGAACAUGGAAAAGUCGAUUCUGGAAUUCCCUGACUACGUUUCCAUCCAGUUGAACGACACUCACCCGACACUCGCGAUUCCGGAACUUAUGAGGAUCCUCGUUGAUGAGGAAGAGGUUCCUUGGGAUCAAGCAUGGGAUAUCAUCACUAGGACGUUCUUCUUCACGAACCAUACAGUUCUUCCCGAAGCUCUUGAGAAGUGGUCCGUCCCUCUGAUGCAACACCUGUUGCCAAGACAUAUGCAAAUCAUCUUCGACAUCAACUUAAUCUUCUUGCAAGCCGUUGAGAAGAAGUUCCCCGGCGAUAGAGAUAAACUCGCUAGAAUGUCUCUCAUUGAGGAGGGAUACCCGCAACAGGUUCGCAUGGCUAACCUUGCCUGUAUUGGUAGCCACAAGGUGAACGGCGUCGCUGAGCUUCAUAGUGAGCUCGUUCGUGCGACGAUCAUGAAAGACUUCGUCGACUUCUACGGUGUUAGCAAGUUCUUCAAUGUUACCAACGGAAUCACUCCUCGUCGCUGGCUGGACCAGUGCAACCCCGGUUUGAGUAGACUCAUCUCUGAGACCCUUAAACUUCCCAAGGCUGCAUUCCUCAAGGAUCUAUAUCAACUCGAGGGACUCCUUAAGCACAUAGAUGAUCCGAAAUUCCAAACGAUGUGGGCUGCAGUCAAGCAGACUAACAAAGAGCGACUUGCACACUACGUCGAGGUUACGACUGGUCAUAGAAUCAAUACAAAGGCUAUGUUCGAUAUUCAAAUCAAGCGAAUUCACGAAUAUAAGCGUCAAACGCUGAACAUCUUCGGUGUCAUUCACCGUUACCUUGCUUUGAAAGCCAUGACUUCCGCACAGCGCAAGAAGGUCAACCCCAAGGUUGUCUUCUUCGGCGGAAAGGCUGCACCUGGCUACUACAUCGCCAAGCUGACCAUCAAGCUUGUCGUUAACGUUGCUCGUAUUGUCAAUGCCGAUCCUGAAACGAAGGACAUUCUCAGCUUGUUCUUCUUGCCUGACUACUCCGUUUCACUUGCGGAGAUCCUUAUUCCUGCUUCUGAUAUCAGUCAGCAUAUCUCAACAGCUGGUACUGAGGCUUCGGGCACAUCAAACAUGAAGUUCUGCUUGAAUGGUGGCUUGCUCUUGGGAACUGUUGACGGCGCGAACAUUGAAAUCGCCGAGGAAGUCGGGGAACAAAACGUCUUUUUCUUCGGACACUUGACGCCUGCGGUAGAAGAUCUUCGUUACCAACACAUGUAUCACCCUGUUCCGCUCGAAAAGAAGUGUCCUGGCCUGGCCCGGGUUGUCAACGAGGUUGCCGCGGGUCGUUUCGGCGAUGGCAACGCUUACGAGCCCUUGCUUAACACCGUCCGCAAAAAUGACUACUACCUGCUGACUGAGGAUUUCGACUCUUACCUCCAGGCCUUGAAGCUCGUCGACGAGGCUUACCAGGAUCGUACUGAGUGGAUCAAGAAGAGUAUCCGCACUACUGCAAAGAUGGGCAAGUUCAGUUCCGAUCGUGCCAUCCAAGAUUACGCUCAGGAAUGCUGGAACAUUGAGGGCAGCAAACUGGAGUAAAGAGCUGCUCGUUAAAAGUGUUACAAGAUAUCAAAUGGAUUGUGCAAAUAUGACCAUGUAUAUCUAGGACGUGUAUUUUGGAACUCGACCUUCAAUAUAUUCCUUAUCGCUGCCGCAACUGGAUGCGGCUUGUUCGGUUAUU